AUGUGGGUUCUCCUCUUGGCAACACCGGUAUCCCGGAUGCUGGAGACCGCUAUAAAAGCACAGUGUCAGUGGACUUUCCGCGGCAUCUCGGCGACGAAAUUCAUCAUGGUAGGACAAGGUUUUGUGACCGCGGUGCUGGCAUUGGCUGUGUGUGGCAGCGCGACCACCCCGCCCGUGAUCGUGCCUCCCCUUCCGAGCGGAGUGGACGGGACUUCCAUCUACAAUAUUUGGAACCAUCAUAAUGGACGGGUUCCUGCUGUUGAGCGAGGGGAAUCACCUGUGGGUACCAUACUAUCUCCGGAUUAUUUCAAAAUGGUUAAUCUAGUACCUCAAGAUGCCCCUCACCCACUCUACGGCGACCCUGACCUCCGCACGAGCUUCCUCCUUGACCAUAUGCUGUACAUGACAGUCGACCCCAACGACCAACGCAUGUUGACCUCGUCGGGACUGCAAACUCGUACUAUGGCCGGCUCACCCAUAACUUUUAUGAAGAACAGCAACGGCGAAACCAGAGUGAAUGGGGCCCUUGUGGACAAAGUGGAAGUACUACCCAACGGCAUUGUGGUGUACCAUAUCUCGGACAUCCUGUAUAACUACGAGGAUGAGGUUCGAACAGCAUUUAGCAGUCUGGCUUCUGAAGGUUGGGAAGGUUCCUUCUAAGGCGGAUCUCGUCUUUUCAUCUUUAAUUGAUCAACAGCAACAAAAAUGUAGAUGGUAUUUCAACUGUCUUUCAAUAAAUGGAACUUAAA